AUGGCUGCGUUACCGUCAAUGCGGCCUUUAGGCUGUCUGAGAUCCUUGAUUGGAAUCCAGAAUCCAAUCCAGCCUCAAAUAAGCCGCCGCUUCAUCUCAACAGCUUACUCGCAAAGACCCAAGCGUGUCCCUCUCCCUCCGAAUCUCCCCCAGCAAUUCCUCUCACAACUACCGGAGCGUCUGCAGCCACGAGAAGCCUCCAAGCGUGUCAAGGUCUACCCGGCUCCUCCCUCCACCCGCAAAGCAUGCAAAGACCCCAUCGCAAAGGUGACUGAGUCACAAAUGGCGAUCCAUGAUCCUAAGGGCGAAAGAAAGGCUCUGUUCGACUACCGUCGUAAUCCUCGCAGUGUCAAGCCCGGUGAUAUCUUGCGGGUAACAUUCAAGAAUGGCGACCCAUUCAAUGGUGUUGCUCUGAGCAUUAAGCUGCGCGGCAUUGACACCUCCGUCUUGCUUCGAAACGAGCUUACUCGUGUGGCUGUCGAGAUGUCAGUCAAGGUAUUCAGUCCAAAUGUGCAGAGUGUGGAGAUUGUGCAGCGCGCUGAGCGCCCGGCCCGUCGCGCGAGACUGUACUUCAUGCGGUCCCGCAAGCACGAUCGCCGCAGCGUGGAGAAUCUCGUGGGUGCUUACAUUCGCCAGAAGAGAGCUUUCCUGGGUGGCAACCGCAGGAAGUAUAUGUUUGCCGAGUCCUCGGAUUUCAAAGUCAUGGUCUCUUCAACAGUGUUGGUCACAGCCGUGGCGCUAGCGUUCGCUGCCGGUCCCGUCCCAGUCAUUGGGUCCAUUACCUCCAGUCUUCAGUAUGUGCUGAAGAAUACGCACGGCAGCAAAGAGUAUGGAUAUCCUACAGAUAUUACUCGAGAUAUUCUUCCGAUUCCCGUUCACUCUCAUAAUGAUUACUGGAGAGAAGAACCUUUCUGGACUGGUCUUUCAAAGGGAUGUAUAUCCACAGAAGCCGACGUUUGGCUAUACAAUGGCACACUCUAUGUUGGUCACCAUGAGUCCGCCCUGACGGUAGACCGAACGCUCGAAAGCCUGUAUAUCAACCCGAUCCUAGAUGUACUGGAUCGCCAAAACCCAAAGACGCCUUUCGUUACCAAGCCUACUAAAAAUGGUGUUUGGGACACUAACGCAGAGCAAACGCUCUACUUCUUCAUCGACGUGAAAACUUCCGGUCCAGAGACAUUCAAGGCCGCCAUCGAAGCCCUUGAACCACUCAGAGAGAAGGGCUAUCUUACCAAGCUCACUGGCGGGAACAAAUUGGAGUAUGGACCCGUUACCAUCAUCGGAACUGGUGAUACCCCCCUUGACAUGGUAACUUCAGUCUCGGACCGCGAUUACUUCUUUGAUGCUCCUCUUGCAGCCCUGAACGAUCCCAAAUAUGCCGAUAUUGACGGAUAUGUCUCGCCUAUCGCAUCCACCGACUUCAAGGCUGCGGUGGGCAAAGUGGCAACUGAUACCGAGCCGGUCCUUUCAGAUGUAAAAGUCCAGAUUCUUCAUGAUCAGAUUGCUACAGCCAAUGAUCGUGGAAUCGGUGCUAGAUACUGGAACACACCAAAUUGGCCUAUUCGAACACGUAACCUGGUCUGGAGAACACUACUGAAUGAGGGAGUUACGCUUCUCAAUGCCGAUGAUUUGGAUGCUGUGGCUUCGUACUUUUGA